CACAGAUUUAGUAUUUUAAAGUGGCGUAAUAUUUUAAUGUUUAUGCCACCCAUUCAUAAGAACACAUGAGGGAGACACUGGUGUGCUUCAGUAGCCAAAUCGCACCAUACAAAAUCAUCCAAUGUCUUGCUGCAUCUUCUGUGACCAUUAUGUGAGUCAGUAAUGUCAGCCUGCUCUUCUGGGGUAGAUGGUAUUUUUAUUAGUUAUUUAAUUAUUUUCUUUGACAUCCUUCCAAACAGACGUCACUAAUGACUUUACUUCAUCAUGACGUCCAACCUGAAUCUGCUUUCCCAGCAGAAAGUGGAUUCUGAGCAUGAGGCAGAGGUGUCAUCCUCUCCAUCAGACUCGGUGAUGAGUGAGUCUCCGCAGCGCUUUCAGGUCAUCUCGACUGAGCCCUCUACACCACAGCGAAUUCAGAUUGUAACCGACCAGCAGACCGGUCAGAAGAUCCAGAUAGUGACAGCAAUGAACCCAUCCAGUGCCCCCAAGCAACAGUUCAUUCUGACUACAGCUGACAGCUCAGGGGCAGGAAAGGUCAUCCUGGCCUCACCAGACAGUCACAACGCCAAACAGCUCAUCUUCACUGCUGCAGACAGCCUCAUGCCAGGAAGAAUACAGAUUGUUACAGAUCCAGUGUCAAUGGAACGGUUGUUAGGACAGUCAGGAGAUUUGAGCCGACCACAGCCGGUGGAGUACUGUGUGGUGUGCGGAGACAAGGCUUCAGGACGUCACUAUGGAGCCGUCAGUUGCGAAGGAUGUAAGGGCUUUUUUAAGCGGAGUGUGAGGAAGAAUCUGACUUACAGCUGCCGCAGUAAGCAGGACUGCGUCAUCAACAAACACCACCGCAAUCGCUGCCAAUUCUGUCGGUUGAGAAAAUGCCUUAAGAUGGGGAUGAAGACUGAGUCUGUCCAGAGUGAGAGGAAACCCAUCGACAUUGUGCCCAGAGAGAGGCAUGCCAACUGUGCUGCCUCCACCCAAAAGAUCUACAUUCGUAAGGACCUAAACAGUCCACUCAUCGCCACACCUACAUUUAUCUCCGAUACAGAGACAGAUGGAUCCAGGUCCAGCUUGCUGGACCAGGGGAUGCUGGUUAACAUCCAGCAGCCAGUGAUCCAGAGUGAUGGAACUUUGGUGCUGGCAACUGAUUCAAAGAUGGAUUGUGGGCAGGGAGACUUGGGGACGCUAGCCAACGUUGUGACAUCACUGGCCAACCUAAGUGACUCACUAAAAGAAAACCUAAACAAUGGUGAUACCUCAGACAGCCAACAUGAAGGGCAGUCUGCCAGCGAGAUAACACGUGCCUUUGACACCCUGGCCAAAGUCUUCAACCCACCUGAAGUUGGGGUCGAAGACAAUCUGGCUGAUAAGUCACAUUGUGUCAGUGGAACAACGAUCCAGCUGAUUGGUCGAGACCAGGAGACCCCUAUUAUAGAGGUGGAAGGACCACUGCUCACAGACAGCCAUGUCAGCUUUAAGCUGACCAUGCCCAGCCCCAUGCCCGAGUAUCUGAAUGUACACUACAUCUGUGAAUCUGCAUCUAGACUUCUCUUCCUCUCCAUGCACUGGGCACGCUCAAUCCCAGCCUUCUCAGCUCUCGGUCAGGAGGCAAACACCAGUUUGGUGCGAGCCUGUUGGAACGAGCUGUUCACUCUGGGUCUUGCUCAGUGCGCUCAUGUGAUGAACCUGUCGACCAUCCUUGCAGCCAUCAUCAACCACCUUCAAAGCAGCAUCCAGGAUGACAAACUGUCAGGGGAAAGGGUAAAACAGGUGAUGGAGCAUAUCUGGAAGUUCCAGGAGUUCUGUAACAGCAUGACAAGGCUGGAGACCGACAGCUAUGAAUACGCCUACCUGAAGGCUAUAGUGUUGUUCAGCCCAGAUCACCCAGGUGUGGACAGCAGUGGGCAGAUUGAGAAGUUCCAGGAGAAAGCUCUGAUGGAGCUACAGGACUAUGUGCAGAAAACAUAUCCAGAUGACACCUACAGGCUGACACGUAUUCUGACUCGUCUGCCUGCACUGCGCCUCAUGAACUCAAGCAUCACAGAGGAGCUCUUCUUCACUGGCUUAAUAGGAAAUGUUUCUAUUGACAGCAUAAUUCCUUACAUCCUCAAGAUGGAGACGGCUGAGUAUAACAGCCAGGACUCUGACUCUACAGAAUGACACGCCAUCACUCCAAGCACCCUAACUCUCAGAGUUUGAAGUAUUUAGUGAGUCUCCUCUUCAGGUACACACUUUCUCUUGUAAGGAUUGUAUUUUUGAACUGCAGUACUAAAUCCUGCAGCAAGCCCUUGCGUUCAAGGAUGCAUAGUGCAAAGUCAUUCAGGUAGAUUGAGAUGGAAUGGCACUGGACAGUCUGGAUGGCUGGGGAUGUUUCCUGAAGCUGAUGCAGUCAGUCCUGUUGAACUAAGUAACAGAAUCUUCUGCAUCUAUAGCUGUGCUCUUUAAUGUCUUUAUAGCACUUGACCUUACCCUUUCAAAUUGCGUUACAUUUGUCUAGGUUUGCAUAACUUACAGAAAGUCCAGAAUCUAAAAGUAACAUUAAAAGAAAUCCUGCAUGUGAAAAAGAUCUUUAAAAACCUCUUUAGAGUGGAGGACAUCUGAUUUCUUUAAAGCUGGGAAGUUUUUUUGAACAUCAGUGCAGUAAAAUUGGCAUGUUUCUGAUACAGGCCAUUAAAAAGAAUUGAGUUUUCAAUAUGUAUGGAAAAGAGCUUUUCUUGUUAAUUUUGACACAACUGAAAUUAAAAUGGAGUUGUUCAAUUAGUUAAAUCUGAAUUAUAGUUAGAGAAACUCAGUCAGGUAUAUAAAGGUACAAACUCUCAGUUAUGUUCUCCAUUAGUAAGUAUUCAUAGCAUGUCAUAGUAUUGAUCAACCUCAUAGCGCAUAAUCAGCUCAGUGCACCACCUCUCUUUUAGUUUUGCUUUUACAAUAACAAAAGUUUCAUAAGUCAAGUUAGCCAUUUAAAUUGAGGAGAGUAUGUUGUUUCUUAUACUGAACGAUAGGGCUGCCACGAUUAGUCGACUAGUCACGAUUACGUUGACUAUCAAAAUUGUCGACG